CACGCGGCAUCUUUUUGGCGGCCAUCACAACUGAGAACCGAAAAUCACAAGCCAAAACGCAUAAAUUGAUGUGUUAACAAAUAUAGCGCAUUUAGCGAAACAAACGAACAACGAAACGACUUGAAAAUGUCCACGGGCGCUGCACGAGUUUACAUUCAAGUCGAGAGCGAGGCCGAGCAACAGGAGCAUCUGAAGCAACAACGCAAAACGCUAAAGCCACUGCAGGCGAACACGAACGCCAACGACAAGGAGAAUCUUACGGGACUCGGACGUGUCUCCAUCGUGGAUCAGCUUAGUCGCUUAAAGGCCGGCGUCAAUAUAACGCCCAAAUAUGGCAAACGCAAAUGCGUUGAUGCAGCCGCAACAACAACACAAAUAACAACACAGGACGCCGAUACACAAACGGAAGCAAUUGUUGCUGCCAACGAUGCCGACAAGCCCAUCACAGCCGAUGAUCUGACCAGUGAGUGCGAGCCCGGCGAGAACUACUACAAACUGCUCUCGGAGCAGCGACGCGUUGCGCUGGAGGAGACGCUCAACGAGAAUCGGCAUUUGCAUGAACGCAUCGAAGGUCUGGAGGAGGAAAUGGACACAAUGCGCAAAGAACUCGACGAAGCUAAGAAUCUGGUUGAAGUGCUCAAAGAAAUAUGCGACGAGGAUGACAGCGACGAGCAGGAGGCUCAGGCCGAAUAGUUACAAAUGCUAAUAACCAAUAAACACAUAUUUUUAUGUUUUUAAGUCAUUAUUUAGAUUAUAUUUUGCAAGUAGUUGUAGUUAAAUGAUUUCAAUUAUCUUAACUUAUACAUUACACUAUAUGCAACAUCCAACCCAAUGGACUGGUCUCAAUGUACGCCAGCAAUAAAUAUUUACUAGUUAAUGUGACAGUUAUGUUCCAAUAAAAGUUUGUUUCCUA